AUGAAAUUUUUUAGCUCGACGCGGGAUUGAAAGAGAGAGGAAGUAUGUUAAAAUAUGCUGAGUAUCUUUUGUGUAUAAAUUUGUCCAUGUUUAGUGUGUGCUGUGUUUACAAUAUAAAUAAUAAUAAUUAUUAUUUAUGAAGAAGAAAAAACAUAACCGAUGGGGGGUUAUGGAUUCAGUUGCGAGUUGAGUAGCGUCGUGGUGUCUCUUUAAAGCCAUAUUGAUUUUUUAUAAAAUCAAAUGAUAAUUUACUUGGUGGUGGUGGUCGUCUAAGGUGUGGUUGGUAUUGGUCGUAUUGGUUCAUGACCUGAUGAAUGCUUUUAAAGUUGUAGUUGCUAGUAAUAACUAGUCACAUAUACCUGCAUCGCUAGAGCUUCAACAUCUCCUGAGUUAGAACACACUGGAGAUCGGUGAUAAAAAAUAAUUAAAAAUAAUGGAUACGCUGUUUAAAAAAUUAAUAAGUCAUAUAUAACUGAGCGAAGACUAACCAACAAAUGUUCAUCAGUGUUAGGUUAGUCUUAUGUUUGUGCAUUUGGUUUUACAAAUUAUGCUCCUCAUGCUGAAUUUUAGCAUCACUGCUUCGAGUGACAUACGCUUGCAGUACAUUUAAUUUCUGUACUAAUGUCUUGAGGUACCAGUUAACAAAACCUGUAAAGUGAUUAUUUUAAAAUGCUAACGUAGUUAUGUUAAUUAUUUAAUAAAUUACUAUAAUUAUUAUUUAAAAAAUGUAUACUAAGUAAUUUGAGCUGCAAGCCAAAAAUUAUAAAGGAAAAAAAUUUUGAAAAUGAUGAGUAGUUGGACUGAAAGAAUGCACAGGAGGGCAGCUACCCUUGGCAAUGUUGUCACCAGCUGUGGACAUCCUUCUUCUGUACCACCGUAUCCUAGAAGACUUGAAAAAGUCAAAUUUGGUGUACCACUAGAUGAAGUUUGUAAAAAUGAUAUUCCUGGUCCAUUAUUGGUUCUUAUUCUAAAACUUAACAAAGAAGCACCGUUGAGAAAAGAUGUGUUCAGAGCGCCAGGUCAUCAGGGUAACAUGAAAAAACUUAUUCAUUUUCUCCAAUCUGGACGUUUAGUUAACAUGGACAACUUUAGUGUCUAUACAAUAGCCAGUGUAUUGAAAAAAUUUCUUAGAAAAAUACCUGGAGGGGUGUUUGGUCGAGAAGGAGAACAACAAUUAUUUACGGUUAUUCAACUUGACAGUAUGGAACAACAGAGGGACCAGAUCCAUAAAUUAAUUACAUCAUUGCCCAUUUACACCCAACGCUUAUUAGUAUUACUUUUCGGAACAUUCAGAGUAGUGGCUGUUAAUAGCGAACGAGCUCGUACAGGAAUGUCUAGUGAAGCACUGGGUGUAUCUGUCGCACCUUCAUUCUUUCAAAGUUGUGUCAGUGAUGGGAAAACUGCUAAAAUGGAGGACGUACUGAGAUUCAAGGUAGCGACUCGUGUGAUGAAAUUUAUGAUUGAUAAUUUUGGAGUAUCGAAUUUAUUUGGUCGGGAAAACUACGAGUUUUAUGCUCGAAUUACUGGCCGAAUACUAAAAGUUGAAGAAGACUGGAUAUUUAGUUUCCGUUACCCACCAAAUACUCUUGUAUCUAGACAAUUAUCUCUCGAAGCAGAAAAGACGUGGCUGCAAUAUGAAUGCGAGCGAUGGGGACUCAAGUUCAAUUUGGAAUCUAUGUCGCAUCAAGAGGAAUCGCAAUCGACACCAGCUUUGAUUCACGUUCCAGAGUCUUUAGAUCUUACGUCAUCAUUAGGAAUGAUUCCAGAGAAUACUUUACUCGAAAGUUAUACAAGACUUUCUGUUAGUUUAGAAGAAAAUGGAUUGUUUCAUGCAUCAAGUAGAUCAUCAAGUAACGCUAGUCACCAAUCCCGACAUGCUGCGAUGACUUUAGACGAAUUAAGAGCCGUUAAUAGAUACGCUGAAAGUACUAAGAGCCUCAGCUACUUGCCACAGGUGCACGAGAGGCAAACAGCUCGUAUGCGCACGAGGUCUGAAUGGUUUUUGACUCCUGUUGGUGAAAGACUUGCAGGAACAGACAGUGAUCCUACAGCCAUACACAUUCUCAGAGGAUCCAAUCGAUCAUCCUCUGAUAAUAUUGCUACAGGUUUAAGCGCAAGUGCCGAAUCGGUAAAACGUCCAAGUUUACGAAGAACUGCCUCCCGAGAAAAAUCACGUAUUCAUCGAAGCUCAUCACGUCGUCACAAAGAAAAUGGAGCGAAAAAUCGUGUGUCUGUUGAUGCUUGUAAGUCGCGUUCGAUGGAAACAAUGAAAAUGAAAAGAGUAUCACUUGAACAGCCAGCUGAAAAAAUACCAAAAAAUAAAAGUGAUGAAUUAUUAAAUGAUGAUACGUUAUAUUCACGUGAAUUUAUAACUGAAAAGACAGCAGAUAUUUCAAUUGGACCACAAGAUUGCACUGAAAUGGAUGUACAAACAUUUCACGUAACUCUGACAUACAAACCAAGAAUAUGAAAAAUAAAGGAAAGCAGUUUUUCCUAAAUUUAUCUGCUUUUAUUUAUUUUUUUAAGGAUAAUAAUAAUAUGUCAACAAAAUUAUUUAUAACUUCAGUUAAAUAAUUUUUAUUAUUAUUAUUGGGGGUAUGGAAUACGUGUAACAUAAAUGCGAGCCUGUUUUUACUCCCUCCAGACAGUUUAAAAUUACAAAUAACUAAUUUCGAAAUUUUAAAAAAUUUUUAUACACUUAAAUUAUUGUUGAAAUGACUUUACUAUAAAUGAAGAUAAAGAAAAAAAAACGUUUCCGUCGAUCGAUACAUACAGAGUAUAUCAAUUAUUAAUUGUUGGCGUAUUGAAUUUUUGAUGUUUGCAUGACUAAGCUAUUUAAUAUUUAUAUUUAUUACUAAAUCAGAAUAAAUUUAUUUAUUCACGAGGUAUACCCAAGUAGCACACGACUGACGUCUAUAAGACAGCUAUUUUGAGCCCGUUUUUUGACCUAUCGAGCCACCAAAAUGAUGACAAAAUAAUCAGAAAUUUUUCAUAAAAAAUAUCUGCUUAAAGACUAGAGUCAAACGGCGGGAAAAAGUAAAUUUCAAAUAAAUAUCAGAGAUGACUUUUUUGGGACAGAAAAAAGAAGACAAAUUUUCUAUGACUCCUAGACCUGCAUGUCUUAUUUAUAUAAAAAAACUUGAGUUGACAUCUUAAAGUUUUCUCUGUGCUACUUGGAUACUUUUACGAACAAUUAAAGAGACUAGUUGAACAGGCAAGUGUUCAUUCCAUUUUUCAAAUUUUUACCAUACAAUGAAUUGGAAAAAAUUUUGUACGGACUUAAUCAUUCCAAUUGCAUUUAUUUUUCGGUUUUUUUAGUAAAUUUUCUCUUUAAAUAUCGUUAUUAAUAUAAAAAAUAUUAAUUAAGUUAAUAGCGUUUGAAUUUUUAAAUUAUUUUUUUUUUUCAAUCACUUUUGUACAUACGGUAAAAGUUUAGCGAUAAAAUUUAUUUAAGCUCUCUAAAAAAAAUGAGUUCUUUUAAGAAUUAAUCAUGAUCUUAUAGACGUAAUGUCUCCUUAUUAUACCGAUGUAUUUUUUUUUUUAUUUCUGUGACAUGUAAAAAAGUUACAAUUAUUUAUACAACAUUACGUAAUUACGAUAUUAAAUUAAGAUAAAUUUUAUUUUACACGUGA